UAACGAAUAAAUCCACUCAGCAGCCACUGUUCGGUGCACACAAUGCACACAUGACGUGUAGACCGGACCGGGUUCACUAACGCGACAGAACCGGAUCCCUCAUUUCGAAUCCCUAAUUCCCAUUCUGCACUCAUUUCCCCCCUUCCCUCAUUUCAUUCCCCCCCCCCCCCCCACUCCUCCCGAGCGUAGAAAGGACUGAGGGUGCCGAGGACCCUCAGCCCUCACGGUUUCAUCUCUCUCUCUCACACUCUCUCUCUCUCUCCUCGGUUCAUGGUCGUCUUCCUCUGCAUAGGUUAUCAUUGUGGUCUUCUAAUCGGCAUCUAUUUCUCUCUCUGUCUUGCAGAAACCCUAGAGUCCGGUCACUCCGAUUGAAGCUUUGUUCCUGGUGGCUUCUCUUCAACGUUUUCCCUCCGUGCACUGCUACUGUUUUUCUCCAUCACACACUCUCUAUUUCGAUUUGGGUUGAGAAAACAUUGUUGACCGAAAUGGGGAGGAAACCCCACUUGAUCCGGUCCAACGCUAGUCCAGAAUCAUGCAUGGCACCAUCCGAAUCAUCAUCUAUAGUUAAUGAUUUUGUGAUGGAGUCACCAACUUGUUGGUGUGGUUUAAAAACACCACUAAAAACAUCCCACACCAAAAAAAAUCCCGGAAGGAGGUUUUUUGCAUGCCCAAAUUAUAAUACGGGAGAUGCUCGGUGUGAAUUUUUCGUUUGGUUGGAUAUACUAACUCUACUAGAGGAGAAUUUUCGUGUCAGAGAGAAUAAGGCUUCUUGUUGCUGGGAGGACGUAUUACAGCGCGACUAUGACGUUAGGAAAAGGGAAGAAAAAGUCCGAGACGCUGUGAAGAAUCUGAAAAAACAGAAACAAAAGUUACUAAUGAUGUACUGGGUUUUGACAUUUGUAGUUGUCUUUGCUUGGUUUGGAUAAAUACCAUGUAGCUUGUAAGUUAAUUUUGGAGCUGUCUGGGUGUAGUUUUUUUUUUUUUUUUGUGACAGCUUGUUAACCCCAUGUUGGGGAUAUAGUCAUUGUAAUUUCUUGUUGACCAUUCUGUGUAAUUAUUAACAGUGGCAGCUAUUUAAGUAGUUGACAGAUUAUGUACUAGCUAGCUAGUCAUUUCUUGUAGUUGACUGAAGUAAAACAAUGUAAAUACGCAGGUUAUAUAUUUCCAGUGCUUCUCUC